AUGAAUAAAUCUUCUUUCCCCGACACAACCACAACCCUCACCUUGAUAGGUGUUUAUUCUUCUCCUUCCUACUUUAAUUUUCAGUAUUUGUCUUUCUUUCGUUCUUUUUUCUUUUUCUUUCUUGAACAAUUUUUUUUUCUACUCUUUCUUUCUCUUCCGAAAUUCUUGACGACACUUGACUUUUCGCUUUCCUCCUCAUUUUUAUUGCUCUUCUCUUCCCCUCUCUCUUUCUCUCUUUCUCUCUCUCUCCAUCCCCCUCUCACUCUCUCUCUUUUUCUUCCCCUCUCUCUCUCUCUCUCUCUCCCCUUCAUAUAUAUUGUUUUUUUGCUUUCUUCAUUUUCAGCCGCUCAAUUCAUUCCACUCACACACUCACUCGCUUAUCUCUUUUUUCAAUUCGCCAUUAUUCAGAUUCAUAUCUCUGUCUUAGUUGGCCUGUUCAUAUCUCUCUAUUAUAAUUUGUUAAUAUCUAUCUAUCUAUCUAUCUAUCUAUCUAUCUACACGCACACACACAAACACACUCAUAUACAUAUAUUCAGUUCGUAUCUAUCUAUCUAUGUAACUAACUAUUUAUCUAUCUGCCUGUUUCUCUCUCUCUCUCUCUCUCUCUUUUCUUUCUCUUUUUCAAAUCUCUCUUUCUUUGUCCCUGUCUUCUUUUUUCUUUUCAUGUUCUUUCUUUUCUUUUCUUUUUCUAUAUCUCCUUUUUGUUUUUUCUUUUUUCUAUUUUAUAUUUUGAUGGUCUUUCUUUUUUAUAAUCUCUCUUUUUAG